CGAGAACGCUCCUCGGUCAGAGGUUGACAAACACAUAGUUGAAUUCUUCAAGAGGUUUUAAUUUUAGUUUGAUUUGCUUCAGAAAGGAGAAGCAGCUGGUUGCUGAGGGUGGAUCUGAUCACUGUGAUGAUCAGGCAGAAGACAUGGCUUUGUGUAACACAACCACUGAAGAUUCAGGGAGUGCAGAUCCACACAUAAGCCGGGACCAUAUCCACUACAUCCUGAUCAGUGUUCUCUCCUUCACCCUUAUGUUGUUCAUGAUGCUGGGGAUUGUGUUUCUGAGGCGAUAUCGCUCCUUGGUGAAGACCAUUCAGGACCUGCGGAGGAAUAAGUUUUUUUAUCCUCGGGUGGAAGUUCCCAUCCCGGCGAGGCCGGUCUCAGUUGUGGAGGCAGAGGCGGUGGAGGAGCCGGCUCCACAAACUCCUCUGCAGCACAGCAGCGCGUUCAGAUCCUCCACCAAGAAGUUAUGGAAAGGCCUGCAGCAGUCUCAGACUCCUGGUUUCAACAAGUCAGACCUGAACCUGCUCCAGCUGAUCAAAGCAGGGAAGGAGGGAGUUUUCUACCAGGCCAGGAUGACCAGAGGCACCUGUAAGGGCCACAGCAUGCUCACCUGCAAAAUAAGCAAGGAAGGUGUGAGGCUCAAGCAUGUAGACAUGGAGGUUUCCAUCAUGAAGAAAUUGAUGCAUCACAAGAACAUCCUCCAGUUACUGGACUGGAACACCACUGCUGAGCCUUACAUCCUGAUCAUGGAGUAUGUCAGCUAUGGCACACUGAGGACCUUCCUCCAGACCAACAGAGUUCCCCUGGUUGGAAACCCGGAGCUGCAGAGCCUCCUGACCAUCGCCUCCUACCACAUCGCUCUGGCCAUGCAGCACCUGCGCUCCAAAAUGAUCAUGCACUGUGACUUGGCUCUGAGGAACAUCAUGGUCAAUAAGUUUCCUUGGGAGGUGAAAGUAGCCGAGUUCGGCUUGGCCCGAGACCUGAGCCGCAUGACCAGCCGUCGCAGCACUCACUUAAAAAAUUCACGGCAGCGGGUACCACUGCGCUGGUACCCCCCCGAGUACUUCAAGAGCAACUACUACGGCUUUAAAGGGGACGUGUGGGCAUUUGGCAUCGUGCUGUGGGAGAUGCAGAGUUUUGGUGCCUUGCCAUAUCCAAACCUGGAGACAUCAGAGGAAGUGAUUUACCACGUCUGCAUGGGUCAUAAGAACACAAACCCUGAAGGCUGCAGACCAGAGAUACUUCACAUCAUGCGAGAUUGCUGGCAGGAUCCUCACACCCUGAGACCUGCAUUCACGGAUAUCGUCUCUAUGCUGGAGGACAUCAUGGAGAAUGAUGCAGAUUACGUGGAUGUGGUGAGUCCACAGAGUAUGGUGAAAGAUGAGGCUGAAUAUCAAGAAGCCAAGAGUCGUCGAACAGCCAGUGUCAGCGAUGACAAAACUCCUGUUUGAGCUGUAAUCUCUGAAGUUAUUCUAGUUUAAAUCAUCACACAUCAAACUAUUGAACCUCUUAUUUAUCUGCUGGAAGUUUAAGUGUAAGAUGAUCACACAGACACCACAACGGUGGAAAACUUAAAAACAAUGCAGUUUUAAGUUGAAUGUUUUGGGGAAUAUUAAACUAUUUCGUGCAAUAGCUGACUACAUAUUUUUAAAUCCAUUAUAUGUUUGUUGACUCAAUAAAAACAUAAAUUGUACAAAUGAUCUACUUAUCUUCUCUGCCUUGCAGCAAAAACCAUCAGGGUCAGGCCUCAGAGCUAAACUCUUUAUUUUCUAUACUAAUGAUAUCAUUAGCGUAUAUAAACUGUUUAAUAUGUAUUUUUUCUGCAGAUGAUACACAUUGUUUUUAUUGUGGGUGAAAAUAUAAAGCAUGUGAAAG